AUAAAGGUAUACGAUGGGUACGAAAUUGUGUUCACGAUGGUUAUCGAAAAAAAUAUUCACAAAAUGGCAGUAGCCAAGCGAAUAAAACCGACCCCGAUCAAGUCAUCGGCGUCGGCGCCGGUCUUCGUCCAAAUCGUGCGAAAUCUGCAAAGUUUCUUGCGGCUGAUCGAAACAAAAAGGCUUUACCAGAUCCUGGGCGGUAUUUCUCUCUCUUUCCUCAGACUCCUUAGAGGAAGAGGAGAAGAGAGUGAGCGAUGGCGUACGGCGUUGACGGGGCGACCGGCAACGGAGCUGGCAACGGGAACGGGAUCUCGAGGCUUCCCGGUCUUGGAGGCAAAGGGAAGUAUGGGAGAAUCGGAGACGAGCUCGUGGAGCACAACCCAGAACGGGGGAGCGAAAGCAGGAGAUAUGUCUUCGCCUGUGCUAUCUUUGCAUCUCUGAACUCCGUCCUUCUGGGAUAUGAUGUGGGCGUUAUGAGUGGAUGCAUCCUUUUCAUUCAAAAGGAUUUGCACAUUACAGAAGUCCAGCAAGAAAUCCUUGUUGGGUGCUUGAGCAUCAUUUCCCUUAUAGGUAGUUUAGCAGCUGGAAGAACCUCAGAUGCUAUUGGCCGUAAGUGGACUAUUGGUUUAGCUGCGAUAAUUUUUCAAAUUGGUGCUGCAGUAAUGGCCUUUGCACCAUCUUUCCGAGUGCUGAUCAUAGGCAGGCUUUUGGCUGGAGUCGGAAUAGGUUUUGGUGUCAUGAUUGCACCUGUUUACAUUGCGGAGAUAUCACCUACUGUUUCUCGAGGAUCUUUCACUUCCUUUCCUGAGAUUUUUAUCAAUCUUGGAAUUCUUCUUGGAUACAUAUCAAACUAUGCAUUCUCCGAUCUUUCAGAACACAUAAAUUGGAGGAUAAUGCUUGGCAUUGGGAUUCUUCCAUCUGUUUUCAUUGGGUUUGCAUUGCUUGUUAUCCCUGAAUCUCCUAGAUGGCUGGUUUUGCAGAAUCGAGUAGAUGAAGCAAGAUCAGUGCUAAUGAAGAUAACAGAGAAUAAGGAACAAGUUGAGAAGAGAUUGGCUGAAAUAGAGGAAGCUGCUGGUGGUGCAAAGGGAACAAAGGAAAAGGCUGUGUGGAUGGAGUUUCUAAGUCCAUCCCCGGCACUUGGUAGGAUGCUGAUUACAGGUAUUGGCAUUCAGUGCUUUCAGCAAAUCACUGGUAUUGAUGCGACUGUGUAUUACAGCCCAACCAUAUUCAGAGAUGCCGGAAUCAAAUCUGAUAACAAGCUGCUUGCUGCAACUGUUGCUGUUGGCUUUACUAAAACUGUGUUCAUCUUAGUUGCAAUCAUGCUGAUCGACAGAGUUGGCAGAAAGCCUUUGCUAUAUGUUAGCACUGUCGGUAUGACUGUUUGCCUGUUCACUUUGGCACUAGCUCUCACACUGCUUGGGCAUGGCCUGGUCUCACUAAAAGCAGGUCUUUUGGUGGCAAUACUAUCUGUCUGCGGAAAUGUGGCAUUCUUUUCUGUAGGAAUUGGCCCUGUUUGUUGGGUAUUGAGCUCUGAAAUCUACCCUCUCCGUUUGCGUGCACAGGCAGCUGCAUUAGGAAGUGUAGGAAAUAGAGUAAGCAGUGGUAUGAUUGCUAUGUCUUUCCUGUCUUUGUGCCGGAUCCUUUCCGUGGCAGGAGCCUUCUUCAUUUUUUCAGCAAUUUCAGCAGUAUCUGUGAUAUUUGUAUAUGUGUAUGUUCCUGAAACCAAAGGCAAAUCUCUAGAACAGAUUGAGAUGUUGUUCCAGAGUGGUAGGGAGUGGCAAAGAGUUGAAGUGGAACUCGGUGACGUCGAGCAUUUGGUGCAAAAGGAGCACAUUGACCAGCGCCAUAGCAUCACUGUUUCUUAGCAUCAUUGUUUCAAGAAAGUUUUAUUAUUGCAGUCAUUCAACAUGAUCCUAUCAUUUUUUUCCCAUCAUUCCUUCAACUGUGCGCUUGCUGCAAAAUAUCCAGCUUGAAGGAUUUGAUCCAAAUGGGAAUGUAGCAGUGCUUCAACAGUGUUUACUCGAAAUUUGGAUUGAUUCUCAUAUUUAUCUGGAUGUCAUUCUAAUUAUAGUACAUUUGAUUACAGAAAAGAAUGAAUUGUAGCCAAAUACUCUCAAGAAGGUUGAAGGCAAGAGCUUAACAGCCACCUGCCAUUGUUUUC